AUGUGGAAUAAUUCAUCAUGCCUCAAACCCGGAAGUAUUUCUACUAUUGGACUCCCUAUAAUCUACUCCGUGAUGUUUUUACCAAGUAUGAUUGGAAACCUUAUAACUCUGUGGAUAUUUAUAAGAUACAUAACCAAAAAAACCUCAACACACAUCUACCUAAUUAACUUGGCAAUCUCAAAUGUAAUGGUGUCAACCGGUAUGCCCUUCCAAAUUGCUUAUUACAUCAACGCAGACAACUGGUACUACACAUCUGCAAAAUGUAGCAUUGUUAUCACAGCUUCCAAUAUACUCACUCACAGCAGUAUGUGUGUGAGCAUUACCAUAUUUUGCUGGAUUGCCAUCAGUCGUUACGCCACAGUAGUAAGAAAUGUAGAAAUAAUGCCACAUACAGCACAGACCUCUUAUGAGAAAAUCCUCUUCGGAUAUAUUCUACAAUCAUUCCGCAACCCUAAAUUUGCUAAGUGGCUUUGCUCAUGUGUUUGGAUCGCCAUUUUAUGUCCAAAUGUUUUUUUCUCGUCAGUAUCCCUGGACAAAAAGUCUAAUAAACUUUGCUUUAAUGAAGAUGUUGAAAUUGGGAAGCCGCAUAUUCGAAUAGGGUCAAUGUUUGAAUCUGCUUGUUAUUUUAUUUUUAUUAUAUUAGUAUUAUUAUUUUAUUAUUUCUUUAUCAAGCACAUAGAAAAUUUACAAGCAAAUAGCAGUAUAGGUGAAAAGUAUUUAGUACACAGUACUGUACGAAGAAACAUUAUUGUAAUAAUCUUAUUACUGGUCAUCUGUUUUGCACCAUAUCAUUGCUGUAAGUUCCUUCUCUAUGGGCUUGGAACAAAAUGUCAACUACAAAGCAACUUAGUUGAAGCCAAAAAUAUGUUGCUAUGUCUGGCUGAAUUCAGGAGCUGCUCUGAUCCAAUUGUGUACUUGUGUUUAGAUGAGGUCUUUAAGAAAAAUAUGCAACAUCUUUUUGGUAAGGCUCCUGACAAUUCAACAAACUCAACACAAGCAAACAAACGAAACACAAUUCAAAUUUCAUUUACAAAUGCUACAGUGAAACAAAAUGCAGAAAUAUCACUAACAAAUGUAAUAGAUGAUUGA